UUGGUUUGAUUAAUGUGUUUGGCCGAAGCCAUCGCCACCCCAAAUCAGUAAUCCUCCGCCGCCUCCGCCGAUGGCUGAAGAAGAAGUAAUGGCGGAAGUGGAGGCAGCCCAAGCGGUGUACGGCGACGAUUGCCUUGUCAUUGAAACCUCCCCUCCCCAUCUCCACGUCCACCUCAAGCCCCGUACCGCCGAGGUCUCAUCUGAGCAGUUUGUGGAAGCAACUAUUGGGAUGCAGGCUGGUCCUAAGUACCCUGAAGAGCUUCCUGUGAUUAGGAUUAUUGAUUCCAAGGGUCUUGAUGAGCAGAGGCAGAAACAUCUGAUGGAAAGCAUCUGUUCCAAAGCUUUUGAACUUGCCUCAUGUUUAAUGCUUGUGGCACUUUGUGAGGAAGCAGUGGAGAAGCUUUCUAGUAUGAAUCAUCCCGAGGGAGACUGCCCCUUAUGUUUAUUUCCUUUACUAGAUGAAGAUGCUGGGAACAAUUCGUUACCUUUUAUGAAGUUAAUGUCUUGCUUCCAUUGCUUUCAUUGUGACUGCAUCAUCAGGUGGUGGAAUUGGAUCCAGAUGCAAAGUGAAAACGAGAGUUCAAGCUCGUCAUCAUCAACUGUUAGGAGUAAGCCAGACCAACAAGGUAUUCGCAAAAUGAUGGAAGGAAGUAUGGGCAAAUGCCCUGUCUGCCGGAAAAUAUUUCUUGCCAAGGAUAUUGAACAUGUGCUUGACUUAGUUGGGACCAGUGGCAAUUUGGAUUGUGCCGAAACUGAGAUUGACGGAGGCUUUCUCCAGUCGGAGGCAGAAACAAUUAGAAAACAAAAAAUUGAUGCCAUAUUAAAAAUCCAGCAAGAAAACAAUGGCUUGAUUGAGCCCAAGAAAAAUGAGGUCCUGUUACCUGGUAUGUUUCUUCCACAGCCAGUUGGCUUGCCCUCAACAGAAUCUGAAGGAGUAUCUAGUGCAUCACAAAGCAAAGAUCGCGCCGCCAAAUCUGAUGCCAAUCCAGAAAGUUCGUCCAACAGACGCCGGUCGAGGAAGCCCAACAAUUAUCAUAGGAAGCAGAGGACUCCAAACACAAACAAACAAGAAAGACAGUGGAUUAGGAAAGACAAUGUUUCAGAUAAUUAAGUUUUGGCCAUUUUUGUUGUAAAACCAUAUUUUCCCAUGAGAUAACACUAUAUUUAAACAUGCAUCAAGAAACUGGUAAGUUUGUUCCUGAGCUAAUGUUACUUCAUGUACUAUGUAGUGAUGAUAUCUCAUUAUUCAUGUCUACUUAGGUUGCCAUGAUUAUUUGUGAUUAAAUACCAUAUAUAAUUUUAUCUCU